AUGAUGAAGAACUCCAAUGGUGUCCACUACAAUCCCACCAAAAAGAAGAAGGUUUUGUUCAUAUUGGGUGCAACAGCAACAGGAAAAUCCAGACUUUCCAUAGAUAUUGCAACCCAUUUCCCAGCACAAAUAAUCAACUCAGACAAAAUCCAAGUCUACAAAGGUUUUGACAUAGUCACCAACAAAAUGCACGAAUCCCAACGUCGAGGAGUUCCACAUCAUUUGCUAGGGUUUAUAUCUAACCCAGAUGCAGACUUCACAGUGCAUGAAUUUUGUCACUACGUGGAAACCACCAUCAAUGAUAUCACACAACAUGGAUGCAUUCCCAUCAUUACUGGUGGAUCAAACUCGUACAUCAAAGCACUCGUAGAAGAUUCUGACAUCAACUUUCGGUCUAAAUACGAUUGUUGUUUCCUUUGGGUAGAUGUCUCGUUACCGGUAUUGUUCGAGUACAUAGGAAGAAGGGUUGAUCAAAUGGUGGAAGAUGGCUUAGUUGAGGAGAUUAGAGAGAUGUUCAAGCCGGGAGCAGAUUAUUCUAGAGGUAUUCGUCGUGCUAUAGGUAUCCCCGAGUUGGAGAAGUAUUUCUUGGUGGAGAAGAAAUUGAAUGAGGAUUUGGGUGGUGAUUAUAAGGAAGCAUUGCUUAGGGUUGCAAUUGAAGAAACCAAAAUAAAUACUUGUAAGUUGGUUUUUCGUCAAUUGGAAAAGAUUCAUAGGAUGAAGAAUGAGCUUAGUUGGGAAAUGCAUAGGAUUGAAACAACUGCUGUAAUUGAGAAAUAUGGAAAAGAGAGAACUGAGGAAUUGUGGAACAAACUGGUGUUGAAACCAAGUUUGGAGAUUAUGGAUCGUUUUCUCAAAAGGGAUUAA